GAGUCCCCCUUAACUGACAACAUGAAAAUUGCGAAAGCGAUGCGAAUUAAAAAAAGGGCUACAGAAAAGGAAACAAAAAAAUUCCCUCCAACAGCUGCUUUUAAAAAGUGUCAUUAAAGAAAGUCAGCAUUUCCUCCGCUUCUCAGCGCAGCAUUUUUUAAAUGUACAUAUGAACACCCAUAAAUGUGAUAUAUAUAUGCAUUUGCAACAAAUAGCCGCCAGAGAAAAAGCUUAUCACAGGGGAAAUGUCCAAGAGAGAUAGAUUUUCCUUUAGAUACUACGUUGGGCAUGAAGGGAAAUUCGGCCAUGAGUUCCUCGAGUUUGAAUUCAACUCCAAGGGGAGACUAAGAUAUGCUAACAACUCUAAUUAUAAAAAUGACAAAAUUAUAAGGAAGGAGGCCUACGUGAGUAAGUCCGUACUGAAUGAGCUAAAACGCAUAAUUGAAGAAUCGGAGAUUUGCAAAGAAAGCGAUAAGUUAUGGCCUGCCCCGGACAAAAUAGGAAAACAGGAGCUAGAAAUUUUCUUAGAUGGGAAUGAAUAUUAUUUUACGACUUCCAAAAUUGGGUCUCUUUCUGAUGUGAAACAGUGCGAUGACCCAGAAGGACUCAGAGUGUUCUACUACCUUGUGCAGGACUUGAAGUGUUUCUUGUUUUCUCUCAUUUGCUUGCACUUUAGGAUUAAGCCUGUGUGAAGUGAUACCCAGGAUUCUUCCCCUCACACAUCCCUACAUACCAGCACAACGGUAUGCUUUGUUAAAACCUUUUUUUUACUCUUUUUUUAAGUUAAAAAAAAAAAGGUAAUCAUGUCUGUGCAUAUGUGUUUGCAUAUACAUGUGAAGGACGUUUCCUGUGUGCAGAAUGCCAAAGAAACGUUGAA